AUUUCAAUCAUCAUCUUCCUGCAAUCCUUGCCGAUUUCUUGCUAACCCUACUCGAUCACGUAACGCUGUUAUGUCAGUGGUCAAAUUUCACUUGCAUGCGAAACUUAAUGCACAUUUAUUGCUCAAUCUUUGCACAACUUGUUUCUUGACCUCAUUUGAGCUUAAUACAGCCAUUUUCAUGUCGGUUGGCUAGCAAAUGUUGUGUUAAUUGUCUAUUAUUCUUCGCUAUAUGGUGCUAUAAAGUGGUAACAUUAGUUUUUCGAGUUCGAUCCGGUAUUGAGAACUUAUUUGAAUUCGUUUAGUUUUGGUUAGGUUUAAUCAUCAGUGCACUUUGCCUCUAUGUUUCUGUCUCCUGGCAAUAAUUUGAAGUUGUUUCGGAAUUGUAAAAUAGCGUCCAUAAUCUUUGUAGGCUCUUACUCGCACCUCUUUGGUGCUUUGAGAGCGGAUGUCUUUCGAGUAUUCCUGCAAGCCUUCAUCGCAUUUUAGAUGAACUGACAAAUUUCAGCCUAGUAGUAGAAAUUUAAUCGCUUAGUAGGAGCGAUAUGUCAGAUUCAAAGACCAAUGAGGGUGGUGGCAAUGCUAAGCGCAGUCUUCCUUCAUGGAUGAGUGGGAAGGACGAUGGGAGUUCUUCUCGAGGCAAGAAACCAAACAGUUCUGGUUCUGUUGGAAAUGAUGUUGAAGCUAAAGAGCCUAAGCAAGAGAAAGGAAAUGGUGAAGGUCCAGUGAGCAGUUCAUUACACCGUGAUUUCUCCAGACUUCUGGAAGGAGUAGUUUUCGUGUUAUCAGGUUUUGUUAAUCCUGAGCGCAGCAUUUUGCGAUCUCAAGCAUUAGAAAUGGGAGCUCAAUAUAAGCCUGAUUGGAACUCAGAUUGCACUUUGUUGAUCUGUGCUUUUCCAAAUACCCCAAAAUUUCGACAAGUGGAAUCAGAUUGCGGAACAAUAGUAUCAAAGGAGUGGAUUUCAGAAUGUUAUGCACAGAAGAGGCUCGUUGACAUUGAAAGCUACCUCCUCUAUGCUGGAAAACCCUGGAGAAGAAGCAACCUUGCACGUGAAGCUAACCAAGCUGUUCCAUCAUCAUCCAAGAAACCUCAGAAACCGGUUGAGAAAGCUUCACGUUUAAAACCACAUGAGCAGGAGAUAGCUCAGAGUAGAGAGAUCAAUUCUUCAAGAGAGUGCUUUUCUCCUUUGAAAUUGAAGAAAUGGGCUAUUGAUGAUUACCAUAAGACACUUUCUUGGCUAGAGAGUCAGGAAGAAAAGCCAGAUCCAUGUGAGAUAAAGAAAAUAGCAGCAGAAGGAAUUUUAACUUGUUUACAAGAUGCAAUCGAUUCUCUUCAUCAAAAUCAGGACAUCAAUCAGAUGACUGAAGAAUGGAAAUUCGUUCCUCAGGUGGUGGAAGAGCUGGCAAAGCUUGGCAAUAAGAAAGAGUCAAUAUCAAAGGAGGAACUUUGCAGGCAUGCUUCAGAUUCUAAAAGGAUUUAUGAAAUAGAACUUAAUUCUCUACUUGACAGUUCCACAGAAAGAAAGAAGAAGCCAAAUGUCAAUAAAGAACCGAAGAAUGGUCGUAAACCAAAGGAAUAUGAUAGUGAUGACACGAUUGAGAUGACUGAGGAUGAGAUAGACAUUGCAUUCCAGAAAGUAGCUUGUAAGAAGUCUUAGUUUAGGUCCUUUAGCUCAACUUGAUUUAGAUAGAGUAAUGGCGUGUUUGGGAGUGAUUACUUGUUUCAUUUUCAAAAUCACUUGAAAAUGUUUUUAAGCAUUCGAAAUCAAUUUUAAUAGUAUGGAAAAUAUAUUUAAAAGUAUAAAAUUAAACAUUGAACUGAUUUUGAGUGAUUAAAAAUGUGUUCUAGAACGAUUUUGAAAGUAACAGAAGUGUUAAAAUCACUUCCAAACAUACAUUAUAACUCUUUUGCUGGUCUGCAUUGUUGCCGUAAUCUGCAUGUUUUAUUCUAGUAAGUGAGAAUAUGUCCAUUUUUUGGUUCUAUA